AUGAUUAGGACAGAAUUUUUGAAUGAUUAUAAACGUCCCAGUUGGGGAACAAAAAAAACGAAAACUUCGUAUUCAGACAACUUUACCGUGCCAUUUUCAUUCAUUCAUUCACUUCCCAAGAGAUAUCCAUCAAAAGCUGUAUCUUUAUUACACCAGUCAUUUUCACGCCAGUCAGAAUCAUAUGGUUUUCGACGAUUUUUCGGCACAUCUUCAGCUGUAUGUUCAGCACCUGAUAAAAGUGAUAGCAGAAGCGAACAAGAAUCUUCGAAAGAGCCUGACGAUGGAAAAUUCAAAAAGUUCGCUGUCGGUGUUUUUAUUGGAAGUUUAGUAGCGACUGUGAUUAUGUCAGUUAUAACAAACAUAUGGCAGACAAGAAAUAAAAAUCAGUUGACAGUUCAGGAUUUCCUUACACGUAUAGUUCCACUAGGACAGAUCGAACAAAUCAUAGUGACUGGAAAUGUUGCUCGUGUUAUCAUGAAACCAGGUCCAAUACAAAAUCUGCCAUUUAAUGACCUUGGCUACAAUCUCUUUAAACCAGGAAUAGGUUGGCAGAAGGUUUAUGUACUGACAACAAUGGAUGCAAAAAAAUUAGAAGCAGAUAUUCGUGCGGUAGAAACUGCAAUCGGGAAAGCACCCGAAGAGUGGAUACCCGUUUCGAUUAUUAAUGCUUCCGUAGAAGGAUUUUUGUAUGGAUAUUUUGUUGCUGAUAGUGCUUGUACUAAUGCUUUUCGGGGCCUCGAAAUCUCUUCGUUCAGUGAAGGUGUGCAUUUGGGUUCACUUCAAGAUGUUCUGGGUAUGAAAAUGAAGCUAAAUAUAAUUAAUCCAAAGGGCACUAACUCUCUUAAAAUAAAAUUCAAAGACGUAGCAGGUUUACAUGAAGCGAAAAUCGAAAUAAAAGAAUUUGUGGAUUACCUCAAACGUCCUGAAAAAUACACGAAAUUGGGAGCUCGCUUACCGAAAGGAGCAUUGCUGACUGGCCCACCAGGUUGUGGAAAGACGUUCUUGGCGAAAGCUCUCGCUGCCGAAUCUUCAGUACCGUUCAUUUCAAUUAAUGGAACAGAAUUUGUUGAAAUGAUUGGAGGCAUUCAUUUUAUUGUUUAUAAUUUAGAUGAUGUUUUUUCAUUUCUAAGACUGGGAGCAUCGAGAAUUAGAAACUUGUUCAAAACUGCAAAGAAGAUAGCACCAUGUAUUAUUUAUGUAGACGAAAUAGAUGCUAUAGGACGAAAAAGAAGUCAGAGUGAUUUUGCGGGAGGUGGAAGUAGAGAAGAAGAACAAACUUUGAAUCAAUUAUUGGUUGAAAUGGAUGGUAUUGAUAGUGGACGGGGCAUAGUUUUACUUGGUUCGACAAAUCGCGGUGAUAUUUUAGAUAAGCAGAAAUCGGUAUCAGGUUGUAAAUUCUUUCAAUUGUACAUGGAGGCUGUUGAUGCAGCAGAAUCAGUCAAGUGUUUGAAUCUUUUGGGUUCGAAAAAAUUUAUUCAGGCUCUUCUUCGUCCUGGUCGGUUUGAUCGACAUAUUAUUAUUGAUUUGCCUACGGCUUUGGAAAGACAGGAAAUGUUUGAAUUGUAUCUAAAGAAGAUCAAGUUGGACAAAGAACCGCAAUAUUAUUCUAAGAGACUUGCACAAAUGACUCCACGAUUUUCAGGAGCGGAUAUUGCUAAUGUGGUAAAUGAAGCAGCGAUUAGAGCAGCGUCGUUAAAGAAAAACUUGGUAACUGUUGAUGAACUUGAUGCGUCAUUACAAAGAAUUCUUGCAGGAGCUGAAAAAAGAAGUCGUUCCAUGGUAGAGGAAGAACGUGAAAUUGUAGCGUAUCAUGAAUCUGGUCAUGCUUUGAUUGGCUGGUUACUUGAACACACUGAUGCAUUACUAAGAGUUAGCAUUAUACCACGAACUAGUGCUAAGCUUGGUUUCGCACAGUAUAGUCCAAGGGAGCGGAAGUUGCUGACGAAGGAAGAGUGUUUGACUGAAAUGAUUUUAUAUUAUGACAGUAAUAUGUUUGAUCGUAUGUGCAUGUUAUUAGGUGGUCGAGCAGCAGAAAACAUUGUUUUUGGACGUGUUACCACAGGUGCUGAAGAUGAUUUAAAAAAGGUGGUCACCAAAUCAGCAUAUGCACAAGUGCAGCAGUAUGGAAUGAGUGAAGCCAUUGGACCUUUAAGUUUUCCAGUGACUGAUGAUGACAAAAGUGAGGAAGGAAUUUACAGAAAACCUUUCAGUAUGAAACUGCAGCAUUUAAUCGAUCAGGAAGCUUCAAAAUUGGUAUCUAAAGCAUAUUUUGCUGCAGAAGACAUUUUGAAAACAAAUAGAGAAAAACUGAAAAAGUUAGCGGAUUCUUUAUUGCAAAAAGAAGUUUUGAGAUAUGAAGAUAUGGUACGGCUAAUUGGACCUCCUAAAUUUCCGAAGCAAGUCAUAGAAUUAACAGAUUCUGUUCUGGAAAAUCUCAAAGAUUCGUAG